AUGAAGCACAAAGAUGGAAAACCAUUUCCACCCGAUAAAAAUUCCAGGGCGGUCCCCAUGGCAAUAAUGUUUUUGGUGCUAUGUGGAUUUUCAUUCUAUCUUGGUGGAAUCUUUUGUUCGGAAAAGAACAAAUAUGUAACCAAUGACACUGCUGAAGCGGUUGAUGAUACUACCCAGAAAAUGGCCACCGGCACUCUCCAAACAAAAAGCGUAACAUUUUCCGUAUGCAGCAUAGAAUAUCAGGACUACACGCCAUGCACAGAUCCAAGAAGAUGGAAGAAGUACGGUCUUCAUCGGCUCACUUUUCUAGAGCGUCAUUGCCCUCCCAUAUUCGAAAGGAAGGAAUGCUUAAUUCCCCCACCUGAUGGCUAUAAGUUACCCAUCAGAUGGCCUAAGAGCAGAGAUGAAUGCUGGUACAGAAAUGUUCCAUACGACUGGAUUAACAAACAAAAGUCGAAUCAACACUGGCUUAGGAAAGAAGGGGAGAAGUUCUUCUUCCCUGGUGGCGGCACCAUGUUCCCCAAUGGUGUUAGUGCCUAUGUUGAUUUGAUGCAAGAUCUGAUACCGGGAAUGAAAGAUGGGACUAUUCGGACUGCAAUUGAUACUGGUUGCGGAGUUGCUAGCUGGGGAGGUGAUUUAUUGGAUCGUGGGAUUCUAACAGUCUCGCUUGCCCCAAGAGAUAAUCAUGAGGCUCAAGUUCAAUUUGCUCUGGAACGUGGGAUUCCAGCAAUUCUGGGCAUUAUCUCGACACAGAGACUUCCUUUCCCUUCGAACUCUUUUGACAUGGCGCAUUGCUCAAGAUGCCUUAUUCCAUGGACUGAAUUUGGUGGAAUUUAUCUUCUAGAAGUGCAUCGUAUACUUCGGCCAGGGGGUUUCUGGGUACUAUCGGGUCCUCCAGUAAACUACGAGCACCGCUGGAGAGGAUGGAACACAACUAUUGAAGAACAGAGAUCAGAUUAUGAAAAGUUGCAAGAAUUGCUAACUUCAACGUGUUUCAAGUUAUAUAACAAAAAAGAUGACAUUGCUGUUUGGCAGAAGUCAUCCGACAACAGUUGCUAUAAAAAGCUCGAGAACCCUGACAUUUACCCCCCGAAGUGUGAUGAUGGUACUGAACCAGAUUCUGCAUGGUACACUCCAAUUCGGCCCUGUGUUGUUUCUCCGAACCCCAAGUACAAGAAAGUAGCUUUAAAGUCCCUCCCGAAAUGGCCACAAAGACUUCAUGCAGCUCCAGAGCGUGUUUCUGAUGUUCGUGGUGGCAGCGAUGGUGCUUUUAACCACGAUGACAGCAAAUGGAAAACACGGAUGAAGCACUACAAGAAGUUGGUCCCUGCAAUCGGGACGGAUAAAAUAAGAAAUGUGAUGGACAUGAACACUCUGUACGGAGGUUUUGCUGCUGCUUUAAGUGACUAUCCCUUGUGGGUCAUGAAUGUAGUUUCCUCCUACGCUGCAAACACACUUCCUGUCGUGUAUGACAGGGGCCUCAUAGGAACCUACCAUGACUGGUGUGAGGCUUUCUCCACAUAUCCUCGAACAUAUGAUCUCCUUCACCUAGACGGUUUUUUCACUGCUGAAAGUCACAGGUGCGAAGCGAAGUACAUUCUUCUUGAGAUGGACCGAAUCCUCCGGCCAAAUGGGUACGUGAUCAUCCGGGAAUCGAGCUAUUUCGUGGAUUCUGUUGCUACCAUAGCCAAGGGGAUGAGAUGGGGAUGUCGUAAAGAGGAUACCGAAUAUGAUUCUGAAAAGGAGAAGAUUUUAAUUUGUCAGAAAAAACUAUGGUAUUACUCUAAGCAAAAUUGA